ACAUAUAUAGUUGACAUGUCGUUGCGGAUCUUUGGUGGAUAUGUCUGUCUAAUGUUGGCUGCUUGUUGUGUGCUUGCCAGCCCACCGCAAAGUAAGGAUUCCCCUACCCAGAGUCUGGACGAAUUCCGGCAACGCUAUCUCUUGCCCCUGAUAUCGGGAGGCCAACGCAACUGCAGCUUAAAUGCUUGCGAAUCCUUAGGCAUUGUGUCUCAGCUUCUUAUGCUGAUCAAUACUCUGCCGAAUGGCACCCAGCAGGCUGUGCCAAAAGAUGAGAGUGCGAAAGCGAAGGAGAAGAUUGCAACGCCAAAGGAAGCCAACGAGGAGGUAAAUGCCAUGUCGCACUUGGCCAAUUUUGAUCUGGUCAAGCGAGUGCGUCAGAUCGAGAGUCGCUUGCGUUCCGUCGAACAGCCCAUUUGGCACUUGGCCACUGGCAGCCAGAUCGAAUGGAAUCAUUGCACAUCUGGAGUGUGUCGUUGUAACCCAGAUACAAAGAGUUUCACUUGCUGGAAUACAAAUCUGAAAUCAGUGCCCGUUACCCAGGUGAUACCUAUGAAUAUGGUUGCCAUAGAUCUCUCCCGUAAUAUGCUCUCUACUUUGCAUAAGGACACGUUCCGUGGUCUUACCUUGCUAAAAGAACUGGAUAUAUCAAAUAAUGUACUCGAUUUCUUACCCUUUGAUUUGUUCCAAGACCUGGAUAGUCUCUUGCAUUUACGCAUCCAGAAUAACCAACUGGAGGAUAUCGAUGCUCGCACUUUUUGGAAACUACGCAAUCUGAAUCUAUUGGAUCUUAGCAAGAACGAUAUAGUACUUUUGCCAGAAUCGAUUUUCUACCAUGCGCAACGUUUGACUGUCGUCAAUAUGUGUGACAAUCAAAUUAAAAACUUCCCCCCCAACUUGCUGCGAGAUCAGCUCAUGCUGGAAGAGCUGGAUAUGUCCAGAAAUAAGAUCGAUGAAUUGGUCUCGGGUAGCAUCCGCUAUUUAACCAAGCUGAAGGCUCUAGAUUUUGGCUGGAAUCAAAUCGCUCGAAUCGAUGAUGAUUUCUUUGGUGGCCUAAAGAGUCUACGCACAUUGAUGCUGCAUAAUAAUCGGAUAACCUCCAUAUCGGGCACAAUUUUCAAUAAUCUGGUCAACUUAGUGACCCUUGAUCUGACCAUGAAUCGCAUUAGUCAUAUUGAUGGGCAGGCCUUUGCCGAAUUAAAAAACCUAAACGAGCUGUUCUUAGGACAAAACUCUAUGUCUACCAUUCCGGCGGGUCUGUUUCUGCGUGUAAGUGCUUUGACUCGGCUCACCUUCUUCUCGAACAAUUUGACCACACUAGAGGCGGACGACUUUAAGGGUCUAACGCAUCUAAAGAUUCUGAUGCUAAAUAAUAACAUUUUAAAGUAUUUCGAUGCCAGGGCAUUUGAGCCUCUCACCCAGCUUGAGAAACUCCGUAUUGACUCGAAUAAGCUGAUGUUUCUGCCACAUGGAGCCCUUCAUGGCCUAGACAAGUUGGUGGCUGUUAAAUUGGACAAGAAUCCCUGGCAUUGUGAUUGUCGUGCCCUCUACUUGGCUCGUUGGAUACGGGAGUUUGUGCUAAAACUCUGGGAUGGUCAACAGCCGAUGUGUCGUGGUCCUGGCGACUUGGGUGGACACGAGGUCGGCCUCUUGCGGUACGACGAUCUCUGUGACGGGCAGUGGGCCAGCAUGUUGUCCCUGUCGCCGCGUCUGCCAGUGCGCAAACAUCGCAUAUCCACGCCCAUGAACUACACCGACUAUUUCAAUUUGUAUCUGAAGCAUAUCUACAAUGCCACCACCGACGAGGAGUUGAAAGAGGCCGAGAUAACCAGCGUGGCCAUCAAGAAGGUGCAAUCGGAUUGAAUUCGAAUCCAUCGGGUUUAAAUAAUCAUAUACACUCACAAAUUUACAGUAGUCCUGGAUUUGUAGAUGACUAUGCGAUUAUCCGUUGUGUUCACUCACCAGGUGCAACUCUAUCGAUCUUUAUCUAAGAUAUUUUAAUUCUUUUGUAUUUUAAUUUUAACCUUUUAGAUUAGUUCACAACUCAAGUCUUUUAAAUUCAAAAUUCGUUUAAGAUGCUUAAUUAAUUCCAUUAAUUCGCAUCGCCUGAUCUCUUAUUUAUUUCACCUACUUUGCCAAAUCACGA